AUGGCUGGGGCUACAGCACAUGCCGAUAAUGUGCAAUACGACUUCACCGGCGUUACACUGAAAGAUGUCAUUCCCAAGCGUGACAAGCCGUGGUGGAGAGACCGUCGACUCAUCCAGUUGAAUGCCCUCCUACUGUGUGCACUCCUUACUCAAACCGCUCAGGGCUUUGAUGCAAGCAUGAUCAACGGUAUGCAGGCUUUACCGGCAUGGAUUGAGACUUUCGGAAAUCCUACAGGGACUCGACUUGGUGCUAUGACGUUUGGACCUACUGGAGGAGUGUUGAUCUCCGUCUUGAUCUCAUCGCAACUAUGUGAUCGGCUAGGCCGACGGUACCCCAUUUUUGGAGGUUCAAUUGUCGUCAUAAUCGGCUCCGUGAUCCAGGCUGCAUCUGUUAAUUACGGCAUGUUCGUUUUAGCGAGAUUUCUUUUGGGACUAGGCUUGGGAGUGGUUUCUGUCGCAGCACCACCACUGCUCUCGGAAGUAGCAUAUCCUACUCAUCGAAGCAAGCUGGUGUCAUUCUACCUGGUAUCAUGGCCAUUGGGGUCUCUCAUUGCUGCAUGGGUCACUUAUGGUACCUUCCAAAUGUCCAGCUCGUCAUGGAGUUGGAGAUUGCCCAGUCUCUUGCAGUGUUCCUUCUCCUUGGUGCAAGCCGCCCUCAGUUUCUUCGCACCCGAGUCGCCACGGUGGCUCAUUUACAAAGGUCGCAGCCAAGAAGCUCUCGAUAUUUUCAUCAAGUAUCAUGGAGACGGUGAUCCAACCUCCCGCUUGGCACAUUUCGAAAUGGCGGAGGUCACCGCGACACUACAAAUAGAGAAGAUGCAAAAGCAAUCACGAUGGGGUGAAUGGAUUGCCACAAAAGGGAACAGACAUCGUCUUUUCUUGGCUCUCUAUAUCCCUGCAAUGCUGCAAUGGUCUGGUAACGCUUUAACCUCGUACUUUUUGCCCGUUGUUCUCAAGACGAUCGGUAUCACGGACCACAAGACGCAGCUCAUCAUCAACGGCUGUCUAUCUAUUUGGAGUCUCGUGAGCGCCAGCGGUUUUGCUCUCUUUGUUGAUCGUGCCGGUCGCCGUGGUCUUUAUCUUAUUGGAAUGAGUGGUAUGGGAAUUGCCUAUUUGAUCUGGACCAUCUGCUCGGCGAUCAAUCAGGAAAGGGAUUUCAAAGACCACGGCUAUGCUGGCGGUGUCCUGGCUAUGAUCUUUGUCUACACAGCUUUCUAUCACGCCUGCUCUCCUGUCUCCCCGACAUAUAUCAUGGAGAUAACCCCAUAUUCACUUCGGUCCAAAGCAUCGAUGCUGUACCAACUGACAGGAAAUCUUGCAGGCCUUUAUAACAGUUUCGCAAACCCGGUGGCUAUGGAAGCCAUUGGUUGGCGUUACUAUAUUGUAUGGGUUGUCAUCAUUUUCAUCAAUCUGACAUUGAUCUUCUUCUUCUUCCCCGAAACCAAAAAUCGCGGCUUGGAAGAAGUGGCGGAGAUUUUCGACGGCCCAGAUGCUUUAUCUGGAGCGAACGCCAUGAGACAACUGGGACUUGAUGUGAAUGCACAAAACGCCGUUGAGUUAGCUCGAGAUACAAAGCUGGCUGUGGAACAAGUGGAGCGUGUUUGA